AUGAUCAUCACUCGCGGAUUCUCUCUCACCAACUUUGUGAUCGCCAGCUCCGCAUUCUGCUUCCAAGUCUGCGUGCUAUAUCCAUGGCAUCACAGGCUCGAUGAAGAGUUUCGACAAUUGAAAGAAGAACAUCUGCGACUGCUGAAGGAAGGCGAGAGCGAUCGGCUUCGGGAGUUGAGGAGCAUACGUUGUAAUAUACCUGAUGUGAUCGUGGAGGUCAACGCGUAG